GGGCGACGGGAAAAAAUAAAAAUGCGCUUGUUCGAGUUAAAAGCAAAGCACGACAACGUUGCUCUUCCAUUCUUUCUCGCCAUAGCUUACUUGAUGCUAAAAGCCUGGACGUUGGGCGUUCAAAAGUGUAUAACUACAGUGGCAAUAGUCGGUGCCCUGCUUCGGGAUGACGGCCAGCGCCACUAUCGACUAAAAUUGGAACUUCACGGUGGAACUUCAAGUCUCUCACCUUCAUGGUUGACCGAUUCCAUCAGCGUUUUUUUAAUUUUAUUUACGUGGCAGCUAUUUCGAUACAAGGUAGUGGUUGACAAACUCCAGACCUUAAUAAAUUUGUGAGAGUACGUUUUGAUAUCAACACUGAUGUAUCCCUCCUCAAGACAUUUGACCAAAAGAGGACAAUUUCUUUUAAGCCACAAUUUAGAUGGAAAUUCGUAUUUUUUUUUACUGCAAGCUAGCUGUGGCACCUAGUUUCAAGUUUUGCUUAGCCAAAUUCAAGGUACUUCCUAAGUUCUACAUAAAAUAUGCUUUACUAAUGAUAAAUUUUUUUAACUACACUAAAUGUCGGCGGCAAAGUUCAAAAGAAACUGCAUGCAUGCAAAAGUAACAGCUUUCAUUUUCUUAUCGCUAGAUGACGCGGGUGUCAUAAUUUAGGAGGCAGGGGUUGCUUCGUUUUUAAGAACAGGCAAAACUGGGAACGUUCAGGCUUUAGGUAUCAAGUGGGCUAUGUUCCUCACUCAUUCCUUUUUUCGUGUUUUACUUGGGCUUUGUGUUGCUUGCGACUCCGAAGAAUUCCUCGUUCACCAAGAAACACAGGACGAGCGUUUUUCCUUUAUAUUGGGAUUGAAAAGUGUUUUCAUGGUUACGAAAUUGAUUCCGUUUAUUUCUUACGUGUACCUCAUUACUAUCUGAAGAAUUCUUCAUGUUUGUGGAUUCGUCGAGGCGUGGGGUCUUGGAGGGUUAAGUGACAGUGACAAUCCCCAUCGUGUUCUUGUGUUACGUAUAUGAAAAACUAGGAACCGAGCAUUAUGAAAUGAACUACAGCGAUAGCUCGUACAGUGCAACCCAUUUCAUGCAAUGCUUUUUGAUUUUAAAGAAGACUAUAGAAGAGAACAUGUGCUAUCUUGAUUGGAAUGGCCAGCAACGACCAACAAUGGGCCAUUACUAGUCGGGCAAAACAACAAAUCCGGCAAACUAAGAGAAGAGAAAGAGCACAGCGUAUGCACAUGCAGGCCCAGCAGAAGGAAUGUGUUGAUUCAACUCAAGGAUCACAUGGUGGCAUCCAUUCCAAUUCACACAGUGUUGGUGGUUUCUCAUCACGGGUUCCAGCCUUUUCUAGCCCAUUGUGCCAUGAGAGUAAUGAGGAGGAAGAUAGUGAAACAUCCCAUAGUGAAGACAAUCAAAAGCCUUUAAAACCAACCAAAAACAAGAGUAGCAGUGGUACCAAGUCUGUUGAACCUUUGUAUGAGGAAGAUGUAAUAGAUGGAUUUGCCAUUAUUAGCUUCUCAACAUAUGAAGAUUUGGAGGAUGCAGUGAGGAUUACAGACAAAACAUCUUGUCUGCCAGAUCCUUUGGUACCUUUGGAUACCAAAGAUAGAAAUCGUUCCAGUCCGGGACAGCGUAGUAAAAAAUCUACCAUUAGAAGUAAUGGAGCCAUUAAAGCCCGUUGCGUUCUCGACAUCACUUCUCAGCCCUCCGUCAGUCACACCAACGGUCCUCCUACUGAAACCAAUAGUGUUGGCGUUAAACCGGAAGCGGCGAUCGACUCGGGAUCUCGGGAUUCCCGGGCCACUUCCAUUGAUAGGUUCAGCGAUGUCAGCAGACACAGCAACUCUUCGAGAGGCUACCUUUGUGAUAGUGAAAGUGAGGAACUUGAGAAAGCCAACAACCACCAGGAAUUAAGAGGUCUCAGUCCUGCUGGUGGUAAUCGGCCAACCGAAUUCGUAGCACCUGUUAAGCGUUCUUUCAGUCCAGGCCAUGCCAGUCUGGCAAACAAUAGCCACAGCACCAGCAGUAACGCGAGUAGUAGCAAUUCUAGUACUCCAGCAGGAGAAAACUGCAACAAUUUACGUUGGGUUGGUCUUUCUGGAAGUCCCCGUCCAGCCACUGCCGUUGCUCCUCUUGGCCAUCUCCAGAAUGGGCCACGAUUAUCUGACUGCCAACCAACGGAAGGAGGGGCUGGUCCAAGUCCGGACGGACCUCCAGCAGCACCUUCGCCUCGGUUACCGCUACAUCCUCCAGUUGCUGGAUCUCCACUAAACACAUUUCAACACACCUCCAGCCCAUCGAUAAACCCGCUUCCUGUUUUAAGAAGCGGCUUUAAUUCUCACCCCAUCCCACAAUUUACAGCUCCUUCAACCUGUCCUCCUCUCUCCUACGUUGCUCCACCGUUCUACACGUCGGCUCAGUCGAUGACCACCGGCCCUAAGCCACCAUCACCUGUCCCCCGUACCUCUACCGCAGAUAGCAGUAGAAUAGGUGAGAGUCAAAGACAACAGCAGUCACAGCAGCAGCAGCUACCACCGACGGCCCCGCCAGUGUUGUCUCAAAAGUUACCGCAAUUACCGCCACCUCCCAUCCCUUAUGUGAAGCCGCCCAGUCCUUUUCAUCCCAACAACUCUACGGGCAUCCGGCCGGUCUUUUCUUCAGCGCCUUCCGUUGUCCCGUCAACGUCUAGCCUGCCCUCUUCUGCACCUCCUUCUGUGUUCAGCACCAGCUCAUCUUACCCCUUCUUCCCUCCAAUGUCGAUGGUUCGGACGACAUCGAAUCACAGCAGCCAUUCAACAACUUCAAGCGGAUUUCCAGCUCCUUUUCUGGCCCCGUCGCCGCCUACCGUCGCCGCCCCGCCAACUCAGCCAAAGCACACUUCUCUAGGUGCUCCCACUGUGGCAUUGAGUGAUCCAUCGUUUUUGAUGGCAAGACUUCCGUUUUCUACGGCUUCAUUCGCGCCCAUAAGUUCAGCUAAACCAGUAACGUCAGCCGCAGAAACUGCACCCGUUUCUUCACGACCUAGCAGCCGAACAUCGUCAUCGUUGUUCAACCAUGAACCCAAUAGAACAGGCAGCUUGCCAUUUCCCGGGCACUCUUCUUCGACGAGGUCACCUAGUCUACCUCCACCACUUGCACCGUCGACCUUUCCCAUCCCAGUAUCUUCUACGUGGCCUCGUCCGCCGCAUCCUGAGUCAUCAAGACAAUACAGCCCUAGCCCCAAUCCUGGGUCGAAACGUUCGUCACCUACCGUCCGCACUUCCGGCAGACAGAGUCCUGGAAAAGAUGCGUUGCCUAUGGUGGCUGGAAGAGCUCCGGGUCCUUCUUCCAUUUCGCAAAUGAGCACCGAAUCAUACAUGAUUCGACGUGAACUGGACUCGAGAUUCCUCAAUUCGACACCCAACUUGGGAACGCUUCUUCCACCUCCACCUCUUUCUGCCACAUCAGGUCCGAACAAACUAAUGGAUCCUUCCUCGUUGUACAGCCCGAUGAUGCCUCCCAUGGUUCAUGGUCUACCGGGUUUAAAUCCAUCUCCGUAUCCUCCUCAUUCUGUUGGAUAUGGUGUGAAUUCGGUUCCGUCAUCUGUCAUGAGCGUCAGCUCCGCGAUGGUGCAACAACAAAACGCUGGAGGACUUCUCAGCAAUCUUGGGGGCAUGUCACUUCCAACCGCCCCACCCAGCUUGUCGCUUCCAUCAAAGAAACCUGGCAAGUGGAAUGCUAUGCAUGUACGAAUAGCCUGGGAGAUACACCAAAAUCAGCAAAGACAGCCGCGUGACCCGCAUUCAGAUCCCAAGAAAAUGAUGAACUUAAACCUGGCGCCUAAGCUGAACCUGGGCAUAUCAGCAGUUCCACCUCCAGGACCAACGUCUCAUUCUCUUCCUCCUCAUCCAACCCAUGCCAAGUCUGCGGGCGGCUUUGAUACCUUGUCCAGCUCGCUCAAUUCGCACAAUUCACCCUUCAGUUAUGCCCACCACAACAUGGCGGGUUUCCUUCCUCGUAUACCUUCCGUCCCUACACCGCCCCCCUCUCAUCACUCGAUGCAACCACCUGGUGGGGUGAGACACAGCCCAGCAACCGACCAGUGGAAUAGAAUGCCACAUUCUUCUUCCUCUUCUUCAAUGGCGGCCCCUUGGCUGGCUCCGUUGAUGAGUUCCGGAUCGAUCUCAUCGAUGAAAUCCGACCCGUCACCAGCAGCCCCUCAUCACAGUGGUUCUUCGAUAUCCAACCAUCAGCUGGCCAAAGAGAGGGAGCGACAGAAGAAGGAAGAACGAGAGCGUGAAAGAGAGCGAGAACGCGAACGGGAACGGGAACGAGAGCGCGAAAGAGAGCGUGAACGGGAGCGAGAACGAGAGCGUGAACGUGAACGGGAACGGGAAAAAGAGAGAGAGAAAGAGAGAGAAAGGAGUGAGAGACAAGAGCGCGAGAAGAAACGGGAAGAGGAAAGGGAGCGGGAAAGAAGAAGACACGCGUCUCGAUCCCCACUUCAUCAACAUUCACGGCCCUCCGCCAAUGGUGGAUCGUCUAAAUCCGAUCAGUCCUCAAAAUCCAAUGCCUCCCAGUCCAUGUCCAGCAACUUACCUACGCUAUCGUAUCAUACCGGGAUGCAGAUGUCCGCCAACAUGCUGGACCGAUCGCGUAUGGGACUACACGCGCCAAUCCAUGGUUACAACCAUGGUUCAUUUGAUCCUUUCAGAGACGUUCUACGUGGAAUGGAUCCAUUACGAGAGAGUAUGGAUCGUGAGUCGCAGUUUUUGAGAAACUUUGGGGCCGCCGCGAAUCAUUUAGGGUUAGCUGGACCGGGAUUGCAUGGAUAUGGGACACCCCCUUCUUCAUACGGAUUGCCUGGACUUCCUCCCGAUCGAUAUAGAGAUGGAUUAUCUAUGCCACCUCACCUUGGCCAUCCUAUGGCUGGAUCGUAUUCCUUAGCUGGGCAACAGAGUGGAGCGUACGGACAGCAAAGUGAUCGCUUUGGACCCCUUCCAGGGAUGGGUGGAGGACCGCCUCUCUAUCCACCCACUUCAACAUCGUAUCCGUUUCCACCUCUUGGUCCUGGCGGUUUGUUAGGUGCUGGACUAGGUGGUGGUAUGGGACCAUUGUCGAUGUUGCCUCAAUCGUUGUUAACUUCCGGCGGUAAACGGACGCCCCCGCCACCAGGACAACCACCGACAUCACUGCCGGGAUCGUCGGCGCUGGCUUCGCUUGGACGUACUCACAUGGGACUAAUGCCUUCCGGCUUAGGUCUGUCACCAUAUCCGAUGCCAUCGCCAUCUCCUCAUAUGAUGAAUCCGCAUCACUUGCUCCCACCACAUCAUGGGUCUUCAAUGAGUGGUGCUCGACCACCAUCCAACAGUACGCCACCUUCCGGAAUUGGCCGACCUUUAAUGGAUUUGACGUCGCCGCAUCCUUCAUCUGGCUUAGCGCCUUUCAAUCCGAUGGAUCCGUAUCCUCGAAAAGAUGACCCCCAGUCGCGGUAGCAAUAGCACAAGUGCAGUGAAUCCUAUAUACAUCAUCAUCAUAAUAUCUCCUUCAAAAAACAAAAAAAAAACUCAAAAACGCUCUCCUUGCGUCUUGCCAUCGCUUCUCUUGUCUCUCCUCUAUUUCUUUAGUGUGAAGGAAUUCCAGUGUUUGAUUCGACGAACGAGUGGCGUAAUGAACCUCAUUUCUUUCGGUGCAAACGUUUUUUCGCUCACCCUUCGUCACACAUGCCAAUCUUCCUGCCCUAUUUCCUCUCAUGCGCGUUAGAUCUGACGACAUAAAAAAGCGACAUGUGUAGACUUGUAAUUUGUAAUAUUUUUUUUUUUUUUUAUUCGUUUUUUUUUUUUUUUUUUUUUUUAGUUUUUUUUUUGUUUUUGCCGUCUUUCUUCCAUUUCUUUCCCAUUAUAUUUUGGAUUCUGUUCGAGGAAAAAAAAACGAAGAAGCAUCUGUCUAUUUUGUAUUGAGAUAUUACGGCAUAUUAGUGGACCUUUGCUGUACAUUUUCGUCCUCUGCCUUGAAUGUAUUUUCUUUUGUUUUUCUCAUAAGGUUCUAUUUAUUUCAGUUUUUUUCUUUUCAGUUCUUUCUUCGAUUUCUUUCUGUACGGCGCGCGCCUCUGUUGUGUCUCGUGUCUCGUAAAAAUUUUCGAUGUAUUGUUGAAUCUUUCCAAACCCUAACCCUCCCACGAAUGAUUUAUGUGACUUGUCGAGCAUUUUGUCUUUAUAUUAUACAAACUAUUAAAGCGAUAUUCAGCACAUA